AACACCACCACGCUCCUUCCAAGGCUCUUCCCUUUUCGCGCGGCGUUAAGCACCCUCUGUCCUCCUGAUACGUUUUGAUUUCUUUAAACUGGUGAAAGCGAAUCGAGACCAGCAUCGCGGAAGAGCGUCUUUCGCGACUCCGCCAUGUCCUCCACGGAUUACAACUACGAUAGGGACGCCCAAUUCUUCCCCUACUUCAUCCUCACUAUAACCAGUCUAGUCACGGUUCCCGUCACAUACUCGCUCCUAAAACCUAGCAAAGAGCUGGAGAAUACUGCGACUCGAAUACAGUCGGAAUUCACCCCAGAACAUGCGGAUCUUAUUGAGGGACAGAAGAAGAAGCAGAAGAGGCGGGAGAGGAGGUUGAAGAGGUUCAUAGUCAGCCUGGUAGGAUGGCUAGUGAUUGCGUGGAUGAUAUACUUGAUGGUCGUCACUGCGAGGACGACUCCCAAGAUCUGGGAUCCUUAUGAUGUCUUGGGGGUAGCAAGGUCCGCCACCGAGAAGCAGAUCAAAUCCCACUAUCGAAGACUCAGUCUUACCGAGCAUCCCGACAAAGCCCGAGAAGACGCUUCCAGGAACAUCACCAAAGAAUCAAUUAACGACCACUGGGUGGAGAUCACAAAGGCGUUCAAGUCUCUGACCGACGAAGAAAUCCGGAACAACUACCUUCAAUUCGGCCAUCCCGAUGGCAAGCAGAGUCUCAGUAUAGGAAUUGCGCUGCCGAAAUGGAUAGUCACCGAAGGUCACGGCAAAUACGUCUUGCUUGUCUACGCGCUCCUCCUGGGUGCACUUCUGCCAUAUUUUGUGGGCAAGUGGUGGUAUGGAACACAGCGCGUCACGAGGGAUAGAGUGCUUGUUGCGAGUGCUGGACACCUUUUCCGAGAAUACAAACCGGAGAUGGGAGACGGCGCUGUAAUUGGAGUCCUGAGCAGCGGAGAAGAGUUCAACGAGAUUUUGAAGGGAAACAAAGCUGAUCAUGGUGCCUCGAAAGUGGAGCAGAAGAUCCUGGAAGAGGGUGAGAUCUCGUUGAAAUCGAAGGCAGGUUUGGAUGAAAAGGAUCGCCGGACAUUGCAAAACUUAGAUGGCACGCGCCGGAAGGUGCUUUCGUUGUUGUGGGCAUACCUAGGUCGCAUCGAGUUGGAUGACGAGACUCUGAAUGACGAAAAGUUCGAGGUCGCACCUAUUGCCCUUCAGCUCAACGAAUCUUUUAUUGCGAUAUCUCUCGCGUAUGGCAUGACGAGCCCUGUCCUGUCAGCAUACCACGUUUCUCAAAACCUCAUACAAGCUGUUCCACCUAGCGCCUCGCCACUACUACAAUUACCUUAUUUCACAACAAAAGUUGUCCAAGCCGUCGAAGGAGAUGCUUCCAGGAGGCACAUGUCAAUCCAGGACUUCAUGCAUCUCUCGGCUGACCUAAGGAAGAAGCAAGCAACUGGUCCUGGUCUGCUCACUGGAGACCAGUACAAAGACGCCAUCGCAACAGCCUCGCAAUUGCCAUUCUUGCACGUAGAAAAGACGUUUUUCAAGGUUGUGGGAGAACGCUAUGUUACUCCCAGUAGUCUGGUCCAAUUCGUCAUCAAGGCUCGCAUAAUACCUCCAGGAAGCGUCAACGUCCCUCCUGUUAAGGAGUCAGAUCUCGAAGACAUUGACGCCCCGGAAGGUGACGUGGCUGCCAUCACUGGGCGCAAGGACGAUAAAUCUAGCGAGAAGCCUAUCCAGCCUCCGCUGGCCCAUGCCCCGUACUUCGCCCGAAACCGUUCCCCGCGCUGGCAUGUAUUCCUUGCGGACAGCAAGCAAGGCAAGAUCGCAGUGCCGCCAUUCACCUUUUCAACCUUCGACAAACCACUUCAAGACGAGAGUGGAAAACCUACCUUCAAUGUUCAAACUCUCAAGAUGCAAUUCGGCGCACCCCCACAAGCUGGUCGAUACACCUUUGUUAUGCAUCUAGUGUGCGAUUCUUACGUCGGAAUGGACACCAAGAUGGAAGUGACACUAGUAGUCGAAGAGGCAUCGAAGGCCGAAGAGAUGGGAGAGGACGAUGAGAUAAGCGAGCCAGAUGAGGACACUGUAGCAGGGCAGCUGCGAACACUCAAGUCGGGCAGUCUCCCAGGGGCCACCAAACCAAAGAAACGGUACGCAGACGAUUCGAGUGACGGCAGCGAUACAGAAGGCGACGUCGACACGGAGAGUGAAACCGAUACGGAUACCGACACGGAUGAUGAGUAAGUAGGCACAGUCAGGACUGGUUUGGAGUUAUCAUAUGCAUUUCUAGGCGUUUAUCGACGCUAUUAGGUAGCAUCGAUGUAUAGCAAUGCAAAUUUCACAGUACGAUAACAGUCUGUAUACAAGUUC